AGAAUAAUAAAAUCCCCAAAAGGACACUUCCAACCCGAUCCCAACCAUCUCCCUCUCCCUCUCCCUCUCCCUCCUCCGUGACUCCAUAUCCUUUGUCCUCUGAGCCUUUAUCAGCAGAUUAAUGGACUACCAACAACAACGACGAACCAUGGCUUCUUCUUCUUCUACACCAAAACCCAUCAUCAUCAUCUCCAUCACAAUCUCUCUCCUUCUCAGCAUCCUCGUCCUCUCCACAGCCUCAAACCCCACCGACCCACCACCACAACCACCAAUCCCAUCACCAUGGCCGCCCCAAUUCCACUCAAUCCUCUUCAUAAAUCGCAGCGGAUCCCUCCAGGUAGUCGACCUCUGGUACGACUGGCCCAAUGGCCGCAACUUCAACAUCAUCCAACACCAGCUCGCCAAACUCACCUACGAUCUCGAAUGGAACAACGGCACUUCCUUUUACUACACCUUGGACUCCAAUCGUGAAUGCAAAGUUGUGCUUUUCGAGGUUGGGAUUCUCAGACCUGAUUGGCUCGACGGCGCCAACUACCUCGGCCGGAGUUAUGUGGAUGGGUUCCUCUGCGAUGGGUGGGAGAAGGCUGAUUUUAUAUGGUAUUAUCAGGAUGUUGAGACUAAGAGACCUGUUCAUUGGGUCUUCCAUACAGGAGCUAAAGUGCAUGUGAUGACAUUUGAGGUGGGAAAGGUGCUGGAGGAUGCAAAGUGGCAAGCCCCCGUGUACUGUUUCGAGGCGGGAAAGAACUCUGUAACUGAAUCCAUGGCUGCUCUAACAACUGAUCUUCCUCCUCCUCUUCCUGAUGGAGGUUUCAUGAGAGGUCUUUGGCUUAUCAACACCACUUCAUUUCCAGCUCUAAAACUGUAAUUAGCCCACUAGUUCUAGUCUUCUGUGGUUUUUACCCAAAAACCAAUUGAUCAUGUAGUACCUGCAAGUUGGUUUCUGUCUUUUGGGCUUCUUUGUGAAUAAAUUUGAGUUUAGCAUCUAA